AUGGCAUCUACAACAAGCGGAUCUGGUAUAGAAACUUGUGGAAAAUCACCGGCAAAUGGUCCACCGCCACAGACUCCAAUAUUGACGGUCGCGUGCAGAAUGUUAAGAUCACCAAGUCACGAAUCGGUAACAACUGAUUUAUCCCUAUUUUCGGUGUCUUCUUUGGCAUCAGAAACUCCAGGUGGUACCGGAAAUAGAAUGAGGUUGGUUUCGUUUAAAUCUUACAGCGAUGCACAUUUGACGGCAAGGGGGCCGAGUCCAAAUCCGACUCAUAAAGUAUCAAGGCCACCGGAUAUACCUGAAAUAUUAUGGUUCGAAGAAGAAAACGAUUUAAUUAAAAGUUGUGCUGCUUUAGCAACGGCUCUCGGUUUUCAAAAAAGUUUUAGUACUUCUGAUAUUAGUAAUUUGCCCUCACCUGAUGAGACUGCAACACACCCGCCUAGAUGUGCCGUUUCUGAUUUAGCACUAAGUGCUCUUCAAAGGUCGGGAUAUUUUUUAGAUUAUUCGAGAUUAGAUCACGCAUCGAGAUCUUGUUCAACUUGGGUAGCCGUUGGAGAUGUGGCAUCAACAUCUCAACUACCAUCUCCUCAUGGUGGUCACUCCAUGCCUCCAGCACCGACUUCAACUCCUACUCCACCCGUUUUUACAGCCGCUGAUUUAAUUCGAUCGGUUAAUAAAAAAGUACGCCAAAAUUACAUUAAAAGAAGAUUAUUGACAACUUACAAAGCUUUAGAAAGACUUUCAAAAAGCGAAUUUAAUUUAGAUCAACUCGAAAUACAAGCCGGAUCAGAAAUUGAGCAACAGAAUACAAUAAUAACUAGUAAUAAUCAUUUAAAAGUACCUGGAAUACCUUCUGCGACGAAACCGAUAAUAUCACCAGGUUCCGUUAUUAAAGUUGUUAAAGCUGAAAAUCCUAGAAAUAAAAAUUUUCCGGUAACACUUCGUGACGUCGAACGCGAUAGGGGGAAACCUUUGUCGAAAUAUGAAAGAAAUAUGAUGAUUUUCAAUUGGCUACACACUCUUGAUGACACGUCGUACGAGGGAUUACAGUAA